GUCGCAGACUGCUCUUCUUUGAAAUCGAAAACUCGCUCAUCAACAACAACGACAACGAUGAGUGGCAUGACCAUUUCAGACACGUUUGACCUGUUCAAGCAAGGGAACACGGUUUCCCUUGAGGACGUGGCCACCAUCGUGAGAUCACAAGGGCUGUGCCCAACGGACCGACAAAUCAAAACUGCCAUGCAGUCUGCCGGCAUUUCAGGCUCGGCAACGCUGCCGCAAGUGCAGACGGUGGUGAGUGCGUUGUCAAACACAAAGAACGAUGAUAUCGAGGGCACCAUUCGGCGGGCGCUCAAGCUCUUUGACAGCACAGGCGGCGACGUCGUCACCGUCUCUGAGCUCUCACACGUGUUGAGCUCGAUUGGAUCCAAGAUGAGCGUGGACGAUAUCGACGAAAUCUUCCGACAGGCGGAGGUGGAUGCAUUCGGUCAGCUAAGCAUUGACGACUUUGCGCGGCUGAUGAUGAAUGCUGCUGGCGAGGAGGACAACGCCGUUGCAUAGCCGUUACCACAGCCCUUGCCACUACCAGCACUGUCACCAUCACCACCACCACCACCACCACCAUCAUCAUCUUCUCAACCCAGUGCUCUGUGGCCUCUUUGUUGCCUUGUUGUUGUGUCACAGACGCCGUCGAUUGUUCGCCUUUUUGUGCGUGUGUGUGUGUGUGCGUGUGUGUGUGUAUGUGUGUGUGUCUGUGCGUGUGUGUGUGUGAAUGUGUGCGUGCGUUGUGACUGGCUCGGGGAUGUGCCCCAGUUCACACGCACACGUCUUCAUCACACCUUUCGUCCCUCGCUCCUCCCAACCUCACUCGUCUGACUCCAUACACCAUCGAUCGGUCCGUCA